GUUAGUGUCCUAACAUAUUUCUUGUUUACUAUUUGUGCACGUGGAUAUGGAGAUAAAGAACUCAAAAGACUCGAAGAAGUCUAAAAAAUCAAAGUCUUAUAAAAAAGGAAAGGAGUCGACUUCAAUAAAACUGGCUGCUGCGCAACGCAAGGAGAAGGAAGUGGGACGUAUCCUGCAGUUAAAGCAGGAAAUAUUGGUCAAAAGCGAGAUGUCCUAUUUGGAAUACUUGGAGAUUCGAUCCGAGUUAGAACGGCUCAACAUGCUAAAAGAUAAUUUUACGCGUCGUGUGGAAAAAUUAAAACAGCAGGCCAAAUAACACAAAAGUUUACAGCUUCAGGCUAAAGUUUUAAAUAUAAGUCAUAUAGCUUGUAAUAUGAAGUGUACAUAAAUAUUUAAGAAGA